AUGACCGGCUUUACCCCCUUCCCGCAGGCCUGCCGCCUCCAGAAGCUGUUCGGGGCCGAUGGGGACCUGGCGGACGAGGAUUUCCUCUCCGCCGUGGAGGACGCAGAGAACCAGUUCGUGGUCCCCGGACGUUUGUCACCCGGCGGUGGCCCGGUCCCUCCCAGCGUGCCAUCCCCAGGUCCCCUCUGCCCGCUGGGACCCCAGCUCGGUCACCGCCCCGGUAAACCCCCCGGCCUGCGGCCCCUCGCCGGGCAGGGGGGUCAGCCCACGGGCUGCCGGGGACCCCCGGCCGGGGGAGCGGCCCCCCAGGAUGAGCUGGACAAUGACCUCUUCCUGGCCGCCUGCAUGGAGCUGGAGGGCCCCGAGCUGCCGGCGGGGGCCAGUGCUGCCCGGCCGCACCCCCGGCGGUGGGAGAAGCCCCCACAGAUACACAUGGGGCAGGAGAGCCCCCAGGAAUGGGCGGCCCCCAAGAAGCUGCGGGUGGGAGAGGAGCUGGUCUCCCCCAGCUCUGGGGGGCCAGAGGACAGGCAGGACCCCCUGCCUGCCCCACAGGCAGCUCCUGCUCCCAAACUAAUGCUACGGCCCAGCACAGCCGGUGUCUGCCCCCCCAGACCCCCAACCCCACUGGGAAAGCCAGGGGGCUCCUGGGGCUCUGUCCCCACUCCCAGGGGUCCGGCUCCGAGGCCUUUCCAAGCAUCCCCAUGCCAGCCGGGAGCGAGCAGCCCCUCCAUGGGGCUCCGGGCGCCCCAGACCCCCACGGCGCAGGCUCCCCGGCAGAACUGCCCCCUGCCCCGGCUGCCCCCUGCCAACCCACCAGCCUUGAUGAGCUGCAUGGAGCCCCCGCCGAGGCAGCCGCCCAGGCCGGCCCCGGGCAGCCUGCAGACGCCAGUGGUCACCAACCACCUCGUGCAGCUGGUGACGGCGGCCAACAAAGCACCCGGGGCCGCCCCCCGUCUCCCACCACAGGGGAAGACUCGUCGGUUCCCGGGGCCCGCCGGGAUCCUGCCCCAGCAGCAUGCUGGGAAGCUCCUGGAGGAGAUCCUCAUCUCUGCUCCCCAAACUCCAGCUCAUGGAGCUGUGGCAAAGCCACGGACAGAGGGACUGCCCAGCUCCUCGCCACCCACGGAAGAGGAUUUUGGGAAGGGCCCCUGGCUUGCCAUGAAGACAGAGCUGGGGCUGGACGAGAGGGACCCUGGCUGCUUCCUCAGGACCUACAGUGUGAUCAUGGUGCUGCGGAAGGCAGCCUUGAAGCAGCUCCCCAAGAACAAGGUCCCCAGCAUGGCAGUAAUGAUCAAGACCCUGACCAGGACCAACGUCGAUGCUGGUGCCGUGUUCAGGGACCCGACCGGAGAGAUGCAGGGCACGGUGCAUCGCCUGCUACUGGAAGAGAGACAGAGUGAGCUCAGGCCCGGCUCGGUGCUGCUCCUGAAGCAGGUGGGUGUCUUCUCCCCGUCCCACCGCAACCACUACCUCAAUGUCACCCCCAACAACCUGCUCAAGAUCUACCCACCGGAGCCCGAGGGCAGCUUCUCGCAGCCAUCGCCAGCGCAUCGGGAGGUCCCUGCCCAGGCUGGGCUACUCCAGGACCCCCCUGCACACCCGACCUGGGGUGUCCCUGCCCCUGGGGACUGGGGACGAUGGAGGACGGGCAGCCACAGCAUGGAGCAGUCUCCUGGGGACUUCUCCCUGCACCCACAGAGCCCUGGGCAAGAAGAGCCGGUGGGAGCUGACGGCUGCGACGUGGAUGACCUGGAUGGGCUCCUGGGAGAGCUGCCUGAGGAUUUCUUCUCCGCUCCAGCCCAAGCUGACUGCUGCUGACCUCGGAGAGCUGCAGCACAGCCAUGGGGCCAGGGAGACGGUUACUGCUGGCACGGUCUGGGCUGAACCGUGGCCUGGCGAGGAUGAUGAGCAAGCAGGCGAUGCACCGGCUGCCCACCUGCUCCUUUCUCUGUAUGUCGGUUGUGUUUGUUCCGGAGCCGAGAGCUGGGGGACCCGAGGAGUCCCGGGUGGAUGCAGCCUCAGCGCCUGUCACCGCUCCCCUGGACAGGCUGGCUCCUCUUCACUCCCAAACCUGCA